AGGGCGGGCCGCAGCACAGGCACCUCAACACGCCUACAGACCUCCAAACCACCUACAGCUCCAGGUCCCUUCAUUAGCUCCCACGCCGAACAAGGCGGUUCAACUCCCGCCCUUCGCCCGCAAGGAUCACGAUGGCAGCCGCGUCACCCAAGAGCACUCCGAAGCGCAAGCGUGGCGACGAGCCAUGGAUAUCGCCCAUCAAAUUCUCCUUUGAACCGCCGACCGCCUCGACCUCGAACGAUGGCAGCAGCAGUCCCCGAUCGGCCGUCGCUCACAAGUUCCGCGGCCUCGCCCUGGAAAGUGGGGGCGGGGCAACCAGCGACGACAACGAUGCCAUCGAGUCGCUGAGGAAACGCCAGAGACCGGAUGAUUUGAUGCUCGAUGCUCCGCAGGCUGACCCUCCAAAAGUCGAUGAUUUCGUCGCCUUGGACGGCAAGCCUGUCCUGUCGUUCUCGCUCGCCGCCUCCGCAGCCACCCCGCAAGAGGAGCCCGUGAAGCUGGCUCAGCUGCCGAGCCCAGACGGCGGCCUCAACCGGUCAUACCCGUCCAUCAACCGCUUAGCCGACUCCAAGUCGCGAGUCAAGAAGAGAACCAGCUCGCCGCUGCGCUUCAAGAAGACAUCGAAACAUCCGGACGAAGACGACGACGACUCCGAGAUCGAGAUCGUCGACCCGGUAAGAGCCGCCCUGACGUGGCACGAGGAUGAAAUCACCAUGUACGACCCUGAGGACGAAGAUGACGAUGGCACCGGCAUCAACGGCAUCGGAUUCAAGCCCACACCCGCGCUGGCCCAUGCCAGAACCCUGAAGAGGAGGCAGCAAAUGGCUGAAUACCGUAAACGGGAGGAGAGCGACGCCAGAGCCAAGCGCAGCCAGCGACGCCGCGGAGCCUCCGAUAUCGCCACCGGACCGGGUGAGAAGUCUCCGUCAAGGAAGGUUAGGUUCAUUGACGCCGAGGCCCAGAGCAUUGCUAUUACCACGGGAUAAUAUCAUGUGGGAGGGCUGAAUGGGACUACCUGCCGGGAAUUGUGUGGUUUUGGUACAGGGAUUGGGGUUAGGCGGCGGCACACUGGCUCCUGGCGUUUUGUUUUUUUGUUCCAGCUUUCUUUUUCUUCCUCUUUCGACAGCAUCUGCGCUGGUUGAUACCUUGGUCUUCCUUGGUUGGGACGUUUCUACAGGUUAUCUGGUGUUACUUGGUCGAGAACUAUGGACGGUA